CCAUCAUCCGGCGCCCUCCUCGCAGCCCUUUCGCCGAUGAAUCCGCUGCUGCGUUCGGUCGCCAGGGCCUCGUACACCUCCGCCUGGCUGUUCCUGGCUGGGGACGUUGCCAGCCAGCUCCUCUUCCCGGAAGUCAAGCCAACAAGCGUUCCCGCUCUUGGCCUUCGGGAAGAACCCAAGGUCGCCCCAAACAGCGCUGCCUCUGCAAUCAGCACACCUGGGCUGCCGGCUGGCCUCGCCAGCUCGCUCGAGUCCUUUGAUUCAGCGCGAGCCCUCAAGUUUGCCUCCAUCGGUGCCUUCUUGCAUGGCCCAUUCUACCACGAAGUAUUUCGGUUCCUGGACGCCCGCUUCGGUGCCGCCAAAACGGCCUCGGUCAUCGUCACCAAAACCGCCGUCAACCAGCUCUGCUUCAGCCCGCUCUUCAUGGCGAUGGUGUUGGCCUAUUCGGCCGCGCUCGAGGGCGACUCGCCUCUCGAACGAGUCCGGAGCCAGUUCGUCGAUGUGUACACCAACUUUCUGUAUGUGUGGCCCGUGUCCAAUCUGGUCACCUUUCGGUUCAUCCCGCCGGCCCACCGCAUCCUGUUCGUCAACUUUGUGGGCUUUGGCUGGAACAUAUAUCUGAGCUGGGUCACAGCUGCUGCCGCUGCUGCCACGCAUGCCGCCCUCGAUCAUGGCCCAAGUGUCGUCGACAUGCACUCCGCAGAAUGAGCUUGGGGGUCUGCUUCAGGCUUUCGGAGAUGGCCAGCUCAAUCCAUUGGAUGUCGAAGAUGACGGCGCUGCGAUGCAAUGUUCGUGGAUCUCAGGCGGCAAGAGAGUCCCCGCUUGCCACGAGAACGCCCUGAAUGAGCAACUGGAGAUCCAGAUCAGCUUUGAAUUGCGCCUGUGGAUCGCCCGCAUGAUGGCUAAGCGGCUCUGUCCUGCUCUUUUGCGAGGCUCCGAUGCCUGCAUGUGCGCCUGUGGGCACCUCGCGAGCCUUGCCGCCCCGUCAAUACACUAUAUCCUGAAACAGCCAA